AUAUCAUUGGGGAAAUGAUUAUUGUCAAUUUAGCUAUUGUGGGAAAACAAUAUCAGAAUUAUCAUUAAAAAUCUGAGGCCAAUUUUCCUUUACACAAAGGGUUAUGGAUAUAGUUUAAGGUGCACAAAAAUGCUGGAGAAACUCAGCGGGUGCAGCAGCAUCUAUGGAGCGAAGGAGAUAGGCAACGUUUCGGGCCGAAACCCUUCUUCAGACUCACAUAUAGUUUAGUUUAGUUUAGUUUUUUUUAUCACGUGUACUGAGGUCAGCAGAAAGGCUCCACAUGAUCGCAAUCGAGCCAUCCACAGUGUACAGAUACGUGAUGAAGGGAAUAAUGUUUAGUGAAAGGUAAAGUCCGAUUAAAGAUAGUCCGAGUGUCCCAAUGUGAAUGAGUUGGAUGGUAGCUCACGACCGCUCUGUAGUUGUUGAUAGAAUGGUUCAGUUGUCUGUUAUCAGUUGGGAAGAAGCUGUCCCUGAAUCUGGAGAUGUGCAAUGUUACACGUCUAUUCCUGUAAUAAUGUAUUGAUCCAUUUAGGAGACACAAGUAUUAACUGCAGGUAGACAAGAUAGACUACAGAUGUUGGUCUUCCACAUUUGGGCCAUUUACAACAUUUACAUCCUUGUAAGACGAAGAUAGCUGCAAAUCUUUGGAUUUCUGCAUCUCUGGAGAACAUGGAUAGAUGAUGUUUCAGUUUGGGACCCUUCUUCAGUCCUUGGGGAAUAGAAGAAUUAGUGGUGAUCUGCAGAAACCUGUACAGUUAUCAGGGGUGAUUGACAAGAAAGAUGCGAAGAAAACAUUUCUUUAAGUGGGAGUAUUUUUUAACAAGGGGCAUAGUUUCAGAGGAAUUCCUUUUUGCUCAGAGAGUCCUCUGGGAGACCAGAACCGUACUUCAAGCGAUACUCGACUGCCAGCAUUUGCAGUUUUUUUUGGCUUUACCUACCACAGUAUUUUGUCUCCCACAGAAGGAAAUUAGGACCUUAACGAUGAGAGACUACAGGUUCCAUCAUGCACAGCAGCUUUGACGCAGGCGCAGUGAGGCGCGGCGGAGGUGGUGACGCAUGCGCGGUGAGCCGGCUGCAGUGGCGGGCUGUACAAGUUUGAUCAUCAGUCAGCUGCUGGGAGCAGGCCCAAGGCCGGCGAUAUGGUGGCUAAAAGAAGGUUGUCUAAGUCAGCCGACGACGACAUGGUAAUUGCCAAAGACCAAUCAACGGCGAAGAAAAGCAAAAUUGGCGGUAGAAAACGAAUAGCGUCUGCUGAGGAGGGAGAGGUGGAUGAUGAUACAGUGUUUGUACAGUUGCUGAAAACGGCAGGAGUGAUUCUGAAAUAUGGAAAUCUACCAAAUAAACUAACUUUAGACCAGGCAAUUUUUCAAAAGAAGCUCUAUCAAUCUUUGAGGAAGCACGCACGCUAUCCAAAUGUUGUGCAGGAGUUUAUAAGAGGCAUGGAAUCGUACAUCGAGAACAGGGAUAAAUUCAGAAACUGCCUGUUACCUUGUGGGCAAUAUCAAGAGGGAGAAUCAAGUAAUACUGUGAACUAUCAAGAAAGUCUCAUAAAGCUGCUUCUUGGGAUUGAGAUUCUGCAGCCUCCUGUUAUGAAUAUGUUAUUUGAAAAAAUUCCUGAAUUUAUGUAUGAUGGCGUACCAGAGGAUGGCAUUAACUUGCCAAGACUCAUCAUCAAUCAGUUUAAAUGGUUGGACAGGAUUGUAGACAGCAAGGAUUUGACCAAUAAAGUCUUGCAGUUGAUUAGUGUUGCACCCCUUGAAAUUCAAUGUGACAUCAUAACCAGCUUGCCAGAAAUCCUUGAAGAUGCUCAACACAAUGAAAUUGCCAAGGAACUCAAUUCCUUGCUGCAACAGAACACACAUUUGACUGUGUCCAUCUUGGAUGCUCUGUCUAGUCUAAACCUACGUGCUGAGUUAUUGGUAGAGGUGCGUCAUUCAGUUAUGUCAACCUUAUCUGCAGUUAAACUUGAUGAUCUUCCUGUGGUCGUCAAAUUCAUUCUUCAUGCCAUCACAACAGCAGAUGCUAUGGAGGUGAUUAGGGAACUGCGCAAGAAUCUAGAAUUGGAGUCGUGUGUGCUUCCUUGUCAACUCCAGGCCAGCCAAGGCAAACAAAAUCAGAUUGCAAAGGGGACUUCAGUGAGUCGGGAGAACGGCAGUAAUGACUGCGUUGCGAUUAUGUUUGAUGUUAUCAAAGCUGCUGUCCGGUUUCAAAAAGUAACAGCUGAAGCUUGGAUUAAGGCAAUUGAAAGUGUAGAUUCUGCUGCUGAGCACAAGGUAAUAGACUUGCUAGUUCUCCUGAUCCUCCACUCAGCUGGUGCGAGCAUUAGCAAGAAGCAAGUAGAGAAACUGCUGCGCAGCAAGAUUCGUCUCGACCAGAUCAGGGAUCAACUUCUGCAGGUUGCAUUCAGGAGUCAUGCUCUGGUUGUCCGUGAAUACUUUCCAUCUGUUCUGUCCUUGGCUCAGACCCUAUUGAGAUCCCCAGAUAUCAGUGUGGUCUCGUUUGGAAGUCAGAUGUAUAAAUAUGCCUUUAUGAUGUUUGAUUCCUACUGCCAGCAGGAGGUUGUUGGAGCGCUGGUGACACAUGUUUGUAGUGGUUUCACAGCAGAGGUGGAUAUCUCACUCGAUGUACUCACAGACCUGGUCUCCCAGAGCUCAUCUGCUAUGGCCAUCUAUGCUAUCUUUGUGAAGGGUAUUUUGGAUUAUAUGGACAACUUGUCCCCUCAACAAAUUAGGAAGCUGUUUUUCAUUCUCAGCACAUUGGCUUUCAGUAGAGGACUGGAGGGCAGCCAUAUUCAGGAUGACAUGCACAUUAUUAUCAGGAAACAACUGUCCAGUACUAUAUCCAAAUACAAGCGCAUCGGGAUCAUCGGGGCAGUCAUGAUGGUGGGAUCCAUGGCUUGUGACGGAAGUAAAGUUGAUACGUGUUCAUCAGAUUUACCAGCCAUGAGCAAGGAAUCGUUCAGACAGGCGACAGCUCUGCUUGAACUGGUACGUUCCUGCAGUGAACAUUCUCCAGAGGCUGCUGCUCUCUAUUAUGAUGAGAUGGCUAACUUGGUUCAGAAAGGAAACCUGGAUCCCCAAGUGCAGGAAUUGAUUGGAAGGAGCGUACUUGAUGAUUUUCAAGAAGACUUUGUUGUAGAUCUAAUACCAGACAUCGCUGAUAAAUAUCUGCUGCCACUGAAGUGCAUGUUUAAUCUGGAUGAAGAAGAGAGUGAAGGUGGGAUUGUUAUCAACCUACUGCCGCUGCUGUCCAACAGUUUGACUAACGCAAGCAUUGAUGGAAAACCCAGCAAACAGGGGGCCAAGAAAUGCGUUUCUCCCGUGAGUCUUGCUUCCUUUUUCCGUCUGCUGCGACUAUGCGAAGAGGUGCAACACGAUGGAAAUUUGGAGGAGAUUGACGCCUUGUUAGGUUGUCCACUUCACCUGACCAACUUGGAGCUUGUGGAGAAGGUGGAGUCACUGUCCAAACCAGAACGGGAGCUGCUUUGUUCUUUGCUGUUUCAUGCCAUCAAUUGGUUCAGAGAGGUAGUGAAUGGAUUCUGUAAACUGCAGGACAUUGAGAUGAAGGGAAAGGUACUUCUCCGAUUACAAAACAUCACUCAGCUGCAGGGACUACUUGAGAAGUGUAUAACAGCAACUCCUGGAUAUGUUCCUCCACUGGCAAACUUUGAUUCGGAGAUCACAGAGGUUCCUCCAACCAUUGCUCCUGCAGCUGUAGCGAAGAAAAGAAAUAAAGAUCUGAAGGGCAAGAGAAAGCAGAAAUCAGAAGGCAGCAAGAACUCCUCCACUGACAGCUCCCAGACUGAAGAGCCUUCAGAAGAAAGUCAGAUGCCAACCGGGAAUACUCAAGGAAAGGAGAACAAUGAAGAAGGAAAGGUUUUCGUUAACUUGGCCAAUUAUAGAGCUUACUUUAGGGAACUGGAUAUAAAUGUUUUUUUUGCACUACAAUCGGGUCUGGUAACCAAAUCCCAGCUGGAUUCUGAGCUACAUACAAAGGUCACCGAGGUUGUGCAGCUGGGGUCAGCAGAGCUCAUGUUUCUUCUGGAGGAUCUAUCUCGUAAACUGGAUUACAUGUUGGUCGCAAAUGUUACCAAGAAAAUUCUAUUCCUGAAGGUUAAGGGAGAUCGAGAUGUUGGAUUUUCGCAUUUGCGCCAAAUGACUCCCCAGCAACUUGCUCAGUUUACUCUAAAAUUGCUCAAUCCCCUGUGUAACCAUCUGGAAAAUGCUCACAAUUUCUUUCAGGCGUUGAUGGCUGAGAACAAUGGUGUGGUGGACGUACUGGGAUCAGAUGUAAAAGAGUCUCAGAGGAUGGCUGCUUGCUAUCACCUACUACUUCAGAUCUUGAACACUCUCUUUGCUUGGUGUGGAUUUGCCCAGAAUGAAAAUCGUAAACUACUAAAAUCGGCUCUCGAUGUUCUGGCAAACAGACUCAAAGCAGGAGAUGGUGAAUUGGGAAUGGAAGAGCUCUUCAGGCAGACUUUCCGCUAUCUGCAGAAUUUCCAGAACACUAUUCCCCGCUGUGCCUCUGCAGUAACUCUUACCCAGCUGCUCAUUGUCAUAUCAUCUCGAUCUUCAGACAGCCAGUGCAAGGAGAAAAUAGCAACGAUAGCACGGGGCUUCUUGUGCCAGUCAUGGAUUUUGCCAACUGGAGAAAAAGAGAAGGGCAAUAAGUAUAACGAAGCUCUGGACACACUCCUAUGUAUUUAUUUGAAACAUACAGACGACGUGUUGAAAUCUGUGGAGGAAAUUGCUGGUGUGGGCGUUCCUGAACUAAUGAACUCAACCAAAGAGGGCAAUUCGCGGACCUUUCCAACACUAACCAGGCAAACUUUUCUGGUCUUCUAUCGGGUGAUGAUGAGGGAAUUGGAUUCAUCAGUAAAGGAAAUUCCGUCUGGCACGCAGUCCGAUUCAGCUGAGGUGCAGAUAGAGAAGCUGCUGCGUUGGAAUCUAGCGGUGCGAGAUUUUCAUAUCCUGGUAAAUCUUGUAAAGGUGUUCGACAGCAGGCCAGUCCUGGGUGUUUGCCUUAAGCAUGGACGCCUUUUCAUUGAAUCUUUUCUGAAGCAAGGCAUGCCACUCCUUGACUACAGCUUCAAGAAGCACCGGGAUGACGUUCAUAGUUUGCUGAAAACUCUACAGCUGAGCACCCGUCAGUUGCACCAUAUGUGUGGACACAGCAAGAUCAACCAGGAUACUAAUCUGACCAAUCAUGUCCCACUGUUGAAGAAGCUGUUGGAAUUAUUUGUGUAUCGAGUUAAAGCAAUGUUGACCAUCAACAAAUGCCAAGAGGCAUUCUGGCUAGGAAACCUCAAAAACAGGGACCUGCAGGGAGAAGAGAUUUUAACCCAGCAAUCCCAGGAGGAGAGUGGAGGUGAUGAAGCAUCACAGUUACCUGAAGACGAUAUGGAAGAGGAGGUAGAGGAGGAAGAGAAUGAUGAAUGUGAAUCCAAAAUAAGGAAAGCUACAAGGGAUGACGAAGACUCUGACACCGACUAGGCCGUUACUGAGGGGGAAUAAAGAUCAAGAAAAACAAUUGGAAUGUCCAUGGCUCUUCUGAAAAGGAAUCUUACCAAUUUUACUGUGUUUGUCUCACAACUGGAGUCCAGUCCCACCCUACAUACUCUUCAUGUUCCCUGAAGCAGCCACAUUAAUGACUUAUCCAGGACAUCGCGGGAAGACCAACAAAUGAAGCAUUAUCAAUGCACUUUAAAGAACACGUAAAAUUUCUACCUGGGGUUCACCUCGCGUUGCAUUCACAGCUGCCGACGAUGGUCCAGAGGUGUUUAUGGGGUUUGUUAGAAAUUCCAAUACCAUCACCUUCUUAUGUUUUGACAAGCUGAUCUUUAGGACCCAUCCUGGAAAGCCUUGAUCUUUGCUGAGGCUACUGGAUGGAGACAAGGAUUGUAGGUUGGGAGUCACUGGUGGAUUUGGUGCACAAAUGAUGUGAGAGUUAAGAAAUCAGCUAAUGGUGUGAACAAUAAUGGGGACAGACAUUUGGAGUGAAUGUCAAGUUGAGUUUAGAACGGGAAGUGAAAGAACAAAACCUUUAGUUUAACUUGCUGUUCAUUUUAUAUAAAUAUACAUUUAUCUUCAGCCUCUUCUUUUAAUGUUGUUGAUUAUUCAUCGCAGUCCAUUGAUAUUCCAUAUCCUUGUUCUUAUUAAAUGUACCACGAUGAUUGGUAUUUGAACUCUCAAUUUCAUGAUUGAAAUUUGAAUUUAAAUUGAAAUUCAGAUAUGUUGUGAUAGGGAACAGAGAGCCUAUGCAAUGCCCCGUGGCACAUCGUCGAAGGCGGUCCUCUGUUCUCCAUUUUGGUUUCUUGGCUCUGAUAUCGUGGACAAGACACAAGUGAAUGUUAGGCAUUGCCACAAAGGAAGAGGCAAUUGAAAGCAAAGACAUAUCUGGUCAAUGAAAGUCAUCUAUCAAUUGCUAGUUUUGUCGAGGAGCAGGUAUCCUGCCCAACUUUUGCUAUGGAUUGUGUGUAGGAAGGUCAGGAUAAUCUGAUACAAUCUUUGGAAUUGCUUUGUGUUUAAAAUAUCAUCUUUAAUGAACCCAGUUCUUUUAGAUGCAUUAAAGCAUUUCAAGAAUUAAUUGAUAAUCAACCAGAAUUUUGGGCAUGCAGAGAUGCAGGUCAUGUCUUGCCAUACAUUGCUCACUUGUAUGAUAUUCACAACUGCUUAUAGGUUUUGAACUGUGAAUAAUCAAAAUUAUUUGGCGCUUUGAGACUUAAAUAACAUACCUUGGUAUUUAUCCAACGGCAUACAGGAUUGCAGGUUAAUUAGUUUGGUAAAAAUUGUAAAUUGUCCCUAGUGUGUGUAGGAUAGUGCAUGUGUGCAGGGACGGGUAGUCAGCAUGGAGUUGGUGGGCCGAAGGGCCUUUUUUGCGCUGUAUCUCGAGACUAAACGCUCAAUACUUUGAACUGACACCAGGGAUUUUUAAACAUUUGUAGUUUGUUGGAUCGGAACAUUUUCUGAAAUGUUUCUGUUCCUUGACUUGAUAUUUAUUAACUACAUAAAUUAAUGUUUCUUUGUUGUCGUUUUCAUAGAUGGUGUACCACGUUGCAAUGGUUUAAUUUAACAGGUGGCUUUGAUAGAAACGGAGUACAAUAUAUACCCCAUUAUUUUGUUUUGCUCAUCAUUUAAACGAACCAGCCAUAAAUUUCUUCAGUUUCUUAACCUUCAAAUUUUACUUAUCUGUAUGUAUCGGCUACAUUUUGAAAUUGAAAUAAAUCUCAUUUCAGUAUUUCAGAUUUUCAUAACAAUAGUCUUAGCAAAAAUUGCAGAAUGAAGAUGAAAUUACAUUUAUUAGCAGACUAAAGAAGAGCUUUAUAAAUGGCAAUCUUUGGUGAAAGCUCAUUAUGCCAUUCUAGUAUCCGGCACGGUGAUUAAUUUGUGUUUAGGGUUAACAUUACAACAUUUAUUUAAUUGGCAAUCAGAUAUUAUAUCAGGUAGACUGUCAUAUUACAAGAGCGAUACUUAGAAGGCAAUAUUUUUUCGUUAAAUAAUGGAUUCAGUUGAAAUAUAUUGGAGCUUUGCUUCACAUGAACAGAAGGUUGAUCUUGGGACUGGUUCUGAUUGUUCAUGGAUGGUUAUGACUAUAUAUGAUUGGUUGCAUGCAUAAACCAAUCUACAGUAAAUAACUGUCCAAUUUUGCUGAAAUGCCCUCUUUCAUCAUUUAAAUAAAUGUAAAUAAGGAAUUACUAUUGGAAUCGGUUUUAUGCUGCUCAACUCAGUUUGUUUAUUACAGGUAUUAUGAGCUUUAUAAUUGUAAACUGUUGUUAACAAGUUUUACACUGUAUAAAAUUAAAAUUAAAGUUUGACUUUUAGUGAAUUUCCUACUUGU